AGUUAUAUCCGUACAGAUCAAUAGAGAUUGAUCGUUCUACCUGAUUUUUGUUCAAGAAAAAAACACUGUACGAUUGCAAUAUCAUACUUUGACAAUUGUAUCGACACAAAGAAGCGCGCUUAAAAAGUAAACAAAUCUCUAUUGUCAAAUUGGCAUCACUUGUGGAAGCAAGCUUGUGGUAAAAAACGCAGUGGUAAAGUUAUUAUUUGUUUCUAAAUUGGUGUCUGCUUAUUCGAGUGACUUUUAUCUACUUCUGGAAGUGAAAUGCAGCUAAACACAUUGGCGAGACUGUUGUACAGUCCACGUUUGUUGCUUUCCACAUGGCAACCGGGAUCUCUUGCAUCGGUACAAUGUUCUGGAUUGCAUAUCACGACUUCUCUAAACGUCGCUGGGACUACCCCGGUAAAGCCCAAAAGACCCAUGAACGCUUACAUAAGGUACGCCCAAGGCAUCCGAUCGUCACUGGUUAGCGCUAAUCCCAAAGCUUCUCCGACGGAAAUAUCGAAGCUAGCCGCAGUCAAGUGGCAAUCGCUUGAUCAGGCCUCAAAGACCAAAUACGAAGAAGAGUUCAAACGCGAACAGGCAGUUUGGCUGCAAAAGAAUGCAAAGUACCUCAGUCAACUAACCGACGCACAGAAGGAGGAGAUCAAGCUCGAACGACAGCAGCGCAACGAAGUAAAAAUCAAACGCGAUCAGAAACGUCUGCUGAAGGAAUUGGGUCGCCCGAAACGUCCAAUGAAUGGGUAUCUUCGGUUCUGCAUUCAAAACAAACCAGCCGUCGGUCUGUCGAAGGAGGAGAAUAAAUUGCAGAUGAAGAAUCUGGGCGUACAGUGGAGACGGUUGACCGAUGCGGAAAAAGAACCCUUCAACAAGCAAGCCGAAGCCGACAUGAAGCGAUACCAGGAGGAGAUGAAGCAAUGGGAGGACAGAAUGCUGUCAUCGGAAAAUGUGGAAGCGAUUCGAAAGAAGAACGUACUGCUACCACCAUCGCCCGCAUCUUCGAUGGCGAAGAAAGGUGGUAUUCCGGCGAUCGAAAAGCAGAAAAAACCAACCUCCACCACCACUGCUCGUCCAUAGGAACUCGGGUGUCCCGCUUUGACUGGGGAUAGCAUUAGUAGCAGCGAUAACAGCAGCAACGAGUAUGCAUUCAACCGUACAAGUACCAUCGAAAAGGGGAAACCAAAGCAAAACAUUGUACUGAACGACCAAAAUGACCUACCCCAGGCGAGUAGGGACACGAGUGAACGAUCCUUGCCAUCGUCGGCAUCCACCUCCAAGGCUUCCACACAGGAAACACAGCCAGCAGAACAGAAGGGUAUAGUGAACAAGUUGAAAUCGAUCUUCAAGUUCUGACACUGGCUGCGGUGCAUGGAAGACAGGGCUUUGUUGCUAGCCCUGUCGUACUGGUUUUACGUGCAUCCAUGUUAAACCAAUCCAUGCCACUGUUGCUUCAUUUGUUUAAUUGCAUUUCUUCAUUUGUGAUUUAUAGUUUGCUAUGAACUUAACUUGUUCAUCUUUUCUGUAUUGCCAUUGAACUCUUAUCAUCAUUUUUGGAUGGAAAACAUCUUACCAACUUAAAGUAGACGUCAUAAAGCUAACGAUUAGUGAUUACAGGAAAUUUGUUAUGUUUUUUCGCUUCCGAAAUUAACUUUCUGCUUGUGUUCUCCACUUGAGCUUGAAAUGUGUACUGUGAAUGUGAUCUAACUACUAAUAUACUAUGUGCUUCAUUCAACAUGAUGCCGUUUUUUAACUACUUAUGCUUUUUCAAGAGCUAAUGCGGAUUAACAUUUUAUAAGAUCAAGAAGGUUGUGUGAGAAGCCACUGGUUGUCUUAUUUUAUUUUUCGUUUUUCUUUACACCAUUUUUCCCCAGUUUUCGCACUUUUCAUCACUGGUAUACUUCUACCAGAUUGGGAGCAAUUUUUCGACGAGAUAAAAUGGUAAUGUUAAAAAAGAACAGUUUGCUAGUUUACAUUAGACAAUGAUACAAUGGCAGUUACAUUUAGAUUGAUGAACAAGUGAAAUAUGAAAGUAGUUUAUUCCCUUCCCGAA